AUGAUAAAUGACACGUCAAUAAUAUCAUCGAACGAAGGUAACUCUUCAACAAGUAGCCUACCUAUAAAUGAUAAAGAAAUAAAGGAAAACAAAAUAUCUGUUGAACAGACAUCACCAGAACCAAUUACAAAUAUUGCACAAAAUGUGCCAAAUAACAGUAGUUUAGCUAAUGUAACCAGUAAAAGUGAUUUAAUUAUGAAUGAUGAAUUAUCAGAACAGACAACUAGUGCUAUUGGUAAAAAUAUAAUAAUUGAUGAUAAAUCAACAAAUGAAACAAUUCCAACUAUUAAAUCCAAGGAUGUGACUGAUCCACAAAAGAAAACAGGCUUAUCUAACAUUGAGGAACCAUCAAACUUACCACAUAAAGCAAGUAAUUCCACGGAAAAACUGCUAAAUAACACUGUCUCAAGUGGUAAGUCUAAAUCAAGUAAUUCAUCAGAAGAAAAUAAUUUAUUAAACUCGUAUGAAGUAUCUUUACCCGAAAUAUCUUCUUCAAAAAAUCAAACUGCAGAUGAAACAGAAAGUAAAUAUUCUCCUAAUCUGUCCGAUGAAUUAAAUUUAAUAAAUCAAGGUAAACAGAUCCAACAAGACAAUAGUUCACAAAUUUUUGAUCAUUCACAUCUCCAUAAAACACUAGAAAGUCAUCUAAAAGAUAAUAAAACAUUAAAUAAUACAGAUUCAAAACAUUAUAACAAUGAAAAAGAAAAUCCUAACGGUACAACUACAAUAAAGAACAGUGAAUUAGGAAAUCUAGACGAGCCGUCAACUCCUAAUCAGAAAAUAUUCACACCACUUACCUCUACCAACUCGGAGUCGUCAAAUAAUACUAUUCCUUCUUUGAAUUUAUCGGAAAUCAAUAAACAUAACCACUUACAAAACUCAUCAAAUUCCACCCACAUUAUUCCGAACAGUGAUUUACAUAAAACAAUAUCAAACAAAGACAUUGAUUCACCUAAUACAACAGUGUCAGGUGAUAAUGAAAAUAUUAACAACAAAACAGUGUCAUCUGAUAAACCUGUCGAUACAAAUGAAUCUACCGUAUCUUUUCCAAUAAACACCCCCAAUUUAUCAUCGAAUUCAAAUUCUGCUCUAAAUAGUACUAACAUUAACACAAUUCCAGGUAUUGAGAACCCAAAACAUGAACAUAAUAAAACUUCAGAGAACAUUCCGCCUGAAGAAAAUGAAACAACUAUUCCGAAGAACGACACCGGUUCACAAAAUUACACGAAUACAGAAACCGCACAAUUUUCCCAACUAACAGAGACACCAGAUGAUCCUCUAAAUAUUACUGAUACUAGAAAUAUUGAUGUCUCAAACAGUUCUUAUUCUGGAUCGUCAUCCAGUGCAGAUGCGCAUUCUUAUCACGAAACUAUACCUACACAAACUGGAAAUGAAACCAAAAGUUAUGCAACGGCAGAAGCUGAAGCAGAAAGUUUUACCGAAACUAAGAAAGUUACACAUGAGGACGAUAUCUUAAGUGGAACGGAUGUAGUGCCAGAUUUAUUGUUUCAUAAUAAAACUAUACCAGGUUAUAACGGAACAAUAAACAUCAUGGAAAAUGGGACAUCCGGUUUCACUUUCACUGAAUUGAAGAAUAUUACUAUUGAAGAAGAUAAUGUUUCCGGUUCAAUAUCAAGCGCACGCGCCUUUGCGUUUGAUGACAUUGAAUCCGAUUCGGAUAAAAACAAAACGAAAAAUGUAACACAAGUGGAAGAAACCGAAUCAGCAGUCCUUAACUUUAAUGAGACAAGAACGGUUACUACUGAAAAUGAUAUUAUAAUUAUGGCAAUACCCGAUGCCGCCGAAACAUCUAAUGCUACUUCCCCUUUUUCAAAUAAAACCGGUAACUUAACAGAUAAUUUGGUGGCCUCCCCGGCAGAGUACAUUGUGGAGGUGCGAAAAUUAAUAACAAUAAACGACACCAUAAAUGAAUCGGCUGAAAGUGCGACUGCGCUCUCGUAUCAUAAAACUGGAUUAAAUGGAACCGAUGCAGACAAAAACAUCACUAUAUCUGCUGCAUCGGAUGGCAAUGUUACUAUAACCAUUACUAGAGUCAUUGAAGAGGAUAUAUACAAAAGAGUGUCAGCUGACGAGAUUGCAAAAUAUGAAGGCAAUUCUUCAAGCGUAAACAAUACAAAAUCUUUUGAUCUAGCUGCAGCAGAUGCGGUAGGAACUGUUAUUGCAACUGUUUAUCAUAACAGCACAAAGGAAACAGUAAGUGGGUCCGAAGCAGUCGCCACUGCUACAACAAACGGCACUAAUACCACAUCGUAUACAGCAGUAAUGAACACGGGAUCACCAAUUAUCAUAGAAGAUAUCUCUAGUGAAUCUGUUGAAAUUGUACCCGAAAAUAGACACAUUGACGCAUUAAAUAAUACAAGCAGGGAAGAUUUUAUUCCUGAAUCAUCUGAAUCAUCCAAUACUGAUUCUGCUCCAGGAGAUGAAGAUCAAAUAUCUAAAUAGAUAAUUAAAUAAAACCGCCCUCUGUAAAUAUAAACAGUAUCAUGACUAUAAUAUUUGCACAGAUAAAUAAGAAAAUCUCUAUUAAUAU